CGCCGGGACAGAGAAGUGGGCCGGGACCAGCCGGGCCAGACCAGACUGGACCCCAGGGGCGAUGCGGCUGUUGCCCCUGCUGCGGACUGUGCUCUGGGCCGCGCUGCUCGGCUCGCGCCUGCGGGGGUGCUCCAGCCUCCGCCACUCUAUCUACUGGAACUCCACUAACCCCAGGUUGCUUCGAGGAGAUGCCGUGGUGGAGCUGGGCCUCAACGAUUACCUAGACAUCUUCUGCCCACAUUAUGAGAGCCCAGGGCCCCCAGAGGGCCCGGAAACGUUUGCAUUAUACAUAGUGGACUGGUCAGGCUACGAGGCCUGCAAGGCAGAGGGGGCAAAUGCCUUCCAGCGCUGGAAUUGCACGCUACCUUUUGCGCCUUUUGUCCCUGUUCGAUUCUCCGAAAAGAUUCAGCGCUUCACACCGUUCCCGCUGGGCUUCGAGUUCUUGCCUGGAGAGACUUACUACUACAUCUCGGUGCCAACUCCGGAGAGUCCUGGCCAGUGCCUGAGACUCCAGGUGUCUGUCUGCUGCAAGGAGGACAGAUCCGAGUCAGCUCAUCCUGUCGGGAGCCCUGGAGAAAGUGGCACAUCUGGGUGGCGGGGAGGACACGCCCCCAGCCCUCUGUCUCUCCUGCUGUUGCUGCUGCUCCCAAUACUCCGUCUUCUGCGAGUUCUGUGAGCCAAGUACACCUUCCCAGUCACCCCAAGGAGCCAGAGCCCUUCCCAGGAUCCUCUGUUGAAGGGGUUCCUGCCACCGUACAGGCGAUGCCAAGCCAGGCAGACAUGAUGAAGCUUUGAUGUGCAAAGUCGGAGGAUCUGAGGUGACCCUUGUAGGUGACUGCUCCCUCACUACAGGCUGAAGAGGAACUGCAAGGAAGCUGCAGACAGUCGGGCACCCAGAAGCAUAGCUGCUUUGAUGGUCUUGUCUCCUCCCCCUGGAAGACUGGGAUUUCAGGGGAUCAAAUCCUUGAGACACUGGGGGCCAAAGCCAAAGACCUGGGAACCGGUGGGUUCCUGGCCAAGAGCAGAGAAGCCACGGUCUCUGUGGCCUCCAGGCCUCUUCCCAGGAGCAAUUGUUGCCCCUUCCAGGGAGCCACUCUCUUGUCUUCUGUGAAGACGGACUUGCCAUGAGGUUGAAUUUCAUGCUGGUUUGUAUUUUUUAUAAAGUGUUUGGACCAAACCUUCAAUAAAUCACCCGUUCU